AUGACGGUUUUUGACCAACUACAAACGCUGCUAGACAGACCAGACAUUCCAGUGAAAAGGAUCAUUACAGGGUUUUCUGUCGGGAUAUUCGCAUUUGAAGCAUAUCUCUCAUACCGUCAGUAUAAAGUCUUAUCGAAGGACAAGCUAGCCCCGGUACUUGAGAACGAAAUUGAUGAUGAAACCUUUCAGAAGUCAAGGGAGUAUUCAAAGGCCAAGGCCAAGUAUUCGCUCUUUGCUGACAUAUUUGGAUUAGCCGAAAAACUUAUUUUUAUCAAGUAUGAUUGUCUACCACGUCUAUGGAAUUUCAGCGUUAGCCUUUGCAACUUAGCGUUACCCACCCAAUGGAAAAUAGUGUCCACCGUUGCGCAAAGCUUAUGCUUCUUAAGUGCUUUUUCGAACAUCUCUACCUUAAUUGAACUACCAUUGUCCUAUUAUCAACAUUUCAUUUUGGAGGAAAAGUUUGGCUUCAACAAACUGACCGUCAAGUUGUGGAUAAAUGAUACUAUUAAGAGCAUGGUACUUGGCCAUGCGCUUGGUGGACCGAUCAUUUAUGGUUUGUUAAAGAUAUUCGAAAGAUUCCAAACUGAUUUCAUUUGGUACAUCUGUUUAUUUGUGUUGGGUAUUCAAAUUUUAGCCAUGACCUUGAUUCCCGUGUUCAUUAUGCCGUUAUUUAACAAGUUUACUCCUCUAGAAGAUGGCGAGUUGAAGAACUCUAUUGAAAACUUGGCAAAGAAAGUGGGUUUCCCAUUAGAUAAAGUUUUAGUCGUCGAUGGCUCAAAAAGGUCUUCACAUUCCAAUGCUUAUUUUACUGGUUUGCCCUUCACUAGUAAACGUAUUGUAUUGUACGAUACUUUGAUCAAUGAAAGCUCCAUAGACGAAAUUACCGCUGUAUUAGCCCAUGAGAUUGGCCAUUGGCAAAAGAAUCAUAUUUUGCGUAUGCUCAUCUACAGUCAGGUGCACAUUUUUUUCAUUUUUUCUCUAUUCACGGGCGUUUACCGCAAUCUUUCCUUUUACAAUGCCUUUGGAUUCUUUAUCGGUUCUCCAGACGCAGCUAUAGCAUCUCCAAUCACAAAAGUCUUUACUCCAGAAUUCCCAACGAUAAUCGGCCUACUGCUAUUCGGCGAUUUACUGAAACCCAUGGAUUGUAUCUUGCAAUUUUUGAUGAGUCUUGUUUCAAGAUUACACGAAUACCAAGCUGACGCUUAUGCUAAAGGUCUAGGAAUGUCCAAAGACCUGUGCACUGCCUUGAUCAAUCUACAAAUCAAGAACCUAUCAACUAUGAACGUAGAUCCACUAUAUUCCAGUUAUCAUUAUUCGCAUCCAACGUUGGCUGAAAGAUUGACUGCUUUGAGUUAUGUCUCAGAAAAGAAGGCAAAAUAA